UUUACUUUAUCAGAUGUAAAGUCCAGGACCCCGAGCAAAGAGAGGAGACGAUCCAGGUCAGACUAAACGUCGCCCCGAUUUUUAAGCCGGGAAUGCCCUUCCUUCAGUUCGGCGUCAGCCCGGCGCUGGGGCUUCCGUAGUUUCCGCUUCCGAUUUCUGGCUGCUGGGGUCCGCUGAAGCCUGAGGGCGUCCUGCAGAGUGAAGACUUAAAUGUGAGAUCAUGGCAAGACAUCUGAAGUUUAUUGCCAGGACUGUGAUGGUACAAGACGGGAAUGUGGAAGGUGCAUACAGGACACUAAACAGAAUCCUUACCAUGGAUGGGCUCAUUGAGGAUAUUAAGCGACGAAGAUACUAUGAGAAGCCUUGCCGCCGCCGUCAGCGGGAAAGCUAUGAAACCUGCCGGCGGAUCUACAACAUGGAAAUGGCAAGAAAAAUCAACUUCUUGAUGCGAAAAAAUCGGACGGAUCCAUGGCAGGGCUGCUGAUGCCUGUGGGUAGGAAGCCCACAUCUCGUUUAUGUUUCCGCCUCUUUCUUAAAACUCAUUUUGUUAUUGUUCUCUGUAAUAAACUGGGUCACAUAUAUGCAGAAGGUUUGCAUCUAUAGAAUUAUCCCCCUAGUGAGCAGCAAACCCCUUCUUUCAUCAAAGAGAAACUGAGUCAAAAGCAGUAAGGAGUAAAGUGAUUGCCCUGCCCUGGGGGAGUGGCAGUCCAGGUCAGAGUUCCACUUUGCUGAGAUGAAAAGUUCUGAAGGUAGAUGGUAACAGUGGUUGCAGAAAAAAGUGAAUGUACUUAACACCACUUAGUUAAAAUGUUAAGUUCAGAGUAGUGAUCACAAAUCUUUUAGAGCUUUCAAUGAUAACAAGCAAUCUACUGCAGCACAAAUACCAUAGGUUCACCACCACUGAUUUAGAGUAUAAUAAAAAUGUUUUUGAAACAUGGGGAAAGUGAGGAAAAUUUGCAAAAUGUAGUGCAGUAAUCCAAGCUGACCUGGAAGGAAGGCAUGGUGAUCCUCUUGCCUCAGACACUCAAAUAAUGGGAUUUUAGGUGUAUACCACCACACACAGCUUCAAAGCAAAAUUUCAUUGGAAAAGAACAUUAUUCUAUUUUGGUAUGUGUGCAAGGGGAUACUGAAAAUUUGCUAAGGGCCUUUGCACUGAGAUACAUGGCCAGCCCUUUUAUUUUUUAUUUUGAGAUAUCUCAGUUGAUAAAUUGCUUGGGUAUCACAAACUUGGGGGGGAAAAAAAGUUGAUAAAUUGAUAAAUUGCUUAGGCAAAAUUGAUCAGUUUAUUUUCCUUUUGUCUUAGUUAUUCACAGUGCUGGGAUUUUAGAUGUAUGUCACUAUACCCUGCUAAGCGUGUUACUUUUUACAGAGCUAGUCUCCUUGCCAGUGUGUGAAUAAGAGGAAAGUAAGUAUGUGUAUAUUUGGGGUAAAUUCUGCUUCUGAGCUCAUGCUCAUCCCAGUCCUGGGGACAUUGAGGUAAGAGAAUUGCCAUGAGUUCAAGGCCAUCCUGAAUUGCAUAGUAAGACCCUGUCUCAAUAAAAUAAAAUACCUAAGCUCCAAA